AUGACCAACUCAAAAGGUUAUAGACAUGGAACUAGGGACUUGUUUUCCAGAAGAUUCCGUAGGCAUGGAGUCAUUCCUUUGUCAACAUACAUGAAAGUGUAUAAGGUUGGCGAUCGAGUUGAUAUCAAGGGAAAUGGAGCAGUACAAAAGGGUAUGCCUUACAAAGUCUAUCACGGUAAAACAGGACGAGUAUUCAAUGUAUCUAAACACGCUCUUGGAGUAAUUGUUAAUAAAAGAGUCCGCAACCGUAUUAUUGCAAAGAGAAUUAACAUUCGUAUUGAACAUGUCAACCCAUCAAAAUGCCGAGAUGAUUUCAUGAAACGUGUUAAAGAAAAUGAAGAUAAAGUUGCCGAUGCUAAAAAGAAGGGAAUCCGAGUGUGCCUUAAACGCAAACCUCAAGGACCCCGACCAGGUCACAUAGUAAGAGGAACGGAUCCAAUCAGUUUAGCUCCUCUACCUUAUGAAUUCAUUGCUUAA